AUGUUUAUAAAGCUCCGCUGUGUUUGCUCUGUGUUGCCCACCUCACCAGCCCACCGCCAGGCAAUUAGCACCCGCAUGGUGGUCGUGUUGGUGAAUAGCGAUGGACACACGGGAAUAUUUGACCUGACAGAUGAUUUGUCGAUAUUUCCGCCCGGCAACCCCGGUCAAGAUCUCCUACGUACAGGGCGCGGUCGGUUGGGACUGCAUGUCGCUUUCGAUGUCACUUCGGUGACCCGUUUGCAAUUGCUGUUUUUCGCGCAGUCAUCUUCCUUUCUUCGAAGGGCAGAUUGAAGGAAGUUAGUUCAAUUCUAACACCGACCAUAUGCACUGCCCCGCCAACAGCUGACGUUCCAUCCAUGGAUGCGAACACUCUUCGAUGCCGAUGGGGUCUGAGAUCAGCGGUUGGAAGAUGCCUGCGAUAUUGGGAUGUCUCUUGUCUUGCUUGUUCGCUUUCAUGCUUGCUUGCACUUCGAAGACUCUCUGAUAGGCCGCAAGGUCCAUGGCAUAUAUUGUAUCGCAGGCACCCUUUGAUGUGUCUGCUG